CUGGAUGCGAGCAGCUGAAGUCGCAGCCACUCCACUCCAUGUUUUGCCCUGCCCUUGUGCGCUCUCUGCUCGCUGUGCAGCGUGCGUCUCGGCUGCAUUUCGCUUCCCUCACACUGACACGAACACAGGGGCUGCUUGCUGUGUGUGCGGGAGAAGUUGUUGGCACAGAGAGCACCAGGUAGCAACUGUCUUCUUCAAACGGAUUUCGUUCAAGCUGGGAGCAGUCGGGCUCGCCGGGUCCUUUUUCUAUUUUCGAGUGGGAAGAUAACGAAGCGGUUUGCAAUGAGAUGGACGCACCAGUAUCUAAAGUGAGGAGUGAUAUUUUUUUCUUUUUCUUUUAACGAACAAUCUGACAUCCUGCUCACUGGAGAAAUCUUUAACUCAGCCCUUUUGGAUUUCUUUUUUUCUCUCUCUCUCUCUCUGACGGAGCUCGUAUUUCCCUGUGAAACAUUAUCAAGGAUUUCACUGAUGUAUGCGAUGUGGAGACUGCAAGUCGCCUUAUGUACUCUGUCGGUGCUGUCCCUGUCAUCUGCUGGUGAAAGCAAAGCGCGGAGCUGUAGCGAGGUUAGGCAAGCUUAUAACGUUAAAGGCUUCAGCAUCGUCAAUGUACCUCAUCAGGAAAUAUCAGGUGAACACCUGCGUGUCUGUCCUCAGGGAUACACCUGCUGCACAUCUGAGAUGGAGGACAAACUCAACCAACAGAGCAAACUGGAUUUUGAGAAUUUGGUCGAGGAGAGCAGCCACAAUAUGAGGACGACGUUUGUCUCGAGGCAUAAAAAGUUUGAUGAGUUUUUCUUGGAGCUGCUGGACAAUUCUGAGAAGUCUCUCAACAGUAUGUUCACACGGACGUACGGGAAGCUGUAUAUGCAGAACUCGGAGGUGUUCCAGGACCUGUUUACUGAGCUAAAGCGCUACUAUACGGGGGGCAACGUCAACCUGGAGGAGAUGCUGAAUGACUUCUGGUCCAGGCUGCUGGAGCGGAUGUUCCAGUUACUCAACUCCCAGUACCACUUCACAGACGACUACCUGGAGUGCGUCAGUAAAUACACAGAUCAGCUAAAGCCCUUUGGAGAUGUGCCCAGGAAACUGAAGGCCCAGGUCACCAGGGCCUUCAUCGCUGCACGGACAUUUGUACAGGGGCUAAUGGUGGGUCGGGAGGUCGCCAACAGGGUCGCCAAGGUGAAUGUAGUUCCAGCAUGUGUCAGAGCCCUGACCAAGAUGCUGUACUGCCCAUACUGUCGCAGCAUGCCUGGGCUGAAACCCUGUCACAACUACUGUCACAACGUUAUGAGGGGCUGUCUAGCGAACCAGGCAGACCUAGAUGCUGAAUGGAACCUGUUCAUCGAUGCUAUGUUACUGGUGGCAGACAGACUGGAGGGACCCUUCAACAUUGAGGCAGUUAUAGAGCCAGUUGACAUCAAGAUCUCUGAGGCUAUAAUGACCAUGCAGGACAACAGCAUGCAAGUGUCAGCCAAGGUUUUUCAAGGGUGUGGCCAACCAAAGCCAUCAGGAAUAGGCAGGUCUGCACGUGGCAUCUCAGAUGUGUUCAGUGCUCGCUUCAGACCCUACACCCCUGAGGAGAGGCCAACCACAGCAGCUGGAACAAGCUUGGAUAGACUGAGGGUUGUGUGGAGGACAAUGCAACACAGUGUGAUUGACAUCAAAGAGAAAUUGAAGGAAUCCAAGAAGUUCUGGUCCAACCUGCCAGAUGACAUCUGUGCCAAGGGCAAGCUCACAGAGUCUGACGAGGAGCAGUGCUGGAACAGCCACACUAAGGGCAGAUAUUUCCCUGAAGUGGUGAAGGAGGGUCUAACCAACCAGUUGAACAACCCAGAGGUGGAUGUGGAUAUCACCAGGCCUGACACACUGAUACGACAGCAGAUCAUGGCUUUACGUGUCAUGACCAACAAGCUAAAGAACGCCUACAAUGGAAAUGACAUCUACUUCCAGGACUCUAGUGACGAGGGCAGUAGUUCUGGCAGUGGCAGCGGAUGCUCUGACGGCUGCACAACAGAGUUUGUUUUUGUUGGAACAGAGGCUCCUGUGAUCGGAGCAGACAGAAGUGAUGAACGCGCAGCAGCAGCAGCCGCAGGCAAGUCACUUUCCCGUGGACCCUCCCUACUGCUGCUGUUAGUGGCCCUCACACUCCCACUCUGGGCAAUGCAGACUCAAUGGAGAUAAUACACGAGUGUGGCCUGAUCGCUGACUUUUAUACUGUCCAAGACAGUAUGUUUAACAGCAAGUUCUACUGCUGUUCCCUCACUGGACAUGUACAACCUCCUGGAAACAAGAGAAUGGCUUACUGUGUGCUAUGGUAGGACUGGAAGUGAGUGCAGUGCUGCAUCCUGCUUGUCCCCCAAAGAAUGCUCGGUGCCAUCACUGAACCAGCUUUCACAUCUCUGAAAAAAAGAAAAUGUGGUGUUUUAUCAUUAUUCUAAAGUGGAUUUUGAAAAACAUGCUUCUCUUUUAGACCAUCUGAUCUGAUUUUUCAGAUAAGGGGGAAUCUAUUUUUCUUUUCCUUUGUAUGAUGAAGUUGUGAACACCCAUCAUCCUACUAUUCUUGUCCCCCUCAGACAAAAGGAGAAAGUCUUACUGUGUGCAUGCAUGGAAAUGAUGUUACCUGACAAAAAACAUUUUUUAGGCUUUUUUCAACGCAGGCUACACAGUUUUGAAUUGGUCGGUACCGGAUUGUACAGUGUUAGCACCUGGUUUCCCCUUUGGUCAUAUCAGUGUGGCUUCAGCAGUAGUUUUUACAGCCACUAUAUAGUUGCACAUUUGAUUAUCUCUGAGAAAGUGCUAAUGUACUGCAGAGAGAGAACUACUUUGCACAGAUUAUUUUUGUUGGCUUCAUAAGUUUAUAAAGCUGCAGGAAACAUCCACCAAUUACAGAAAGAAGAUCUAUAUUUUCAGAUCAUUUAACUGAUUGUAUUGUACUUAUAAAACAGUUGCAGUAUGUAUUUCACUGGAAGGUACUGUAAUGUAAUCUUACUGGUUUAGUUAAUGGCUACAUUUUUUAAAUGUAUUAUUUGUUUUUACAAAUUAUUUGAUCACCUGUAAAAUGAAAAAAGUUUUUUUCAACAACACUAAGCCAUUAUACUACAAUUGCCUGCUAACAACAUUCAGUUACCUGAUUUACUCUCUUCUGUUUGGGUACUUAACAUGCACUUAAAGAGUUCACACUUGCUUUUUAUUCUCAGAGGACUCAGAGAAUAUGAGUGCUAUUAGUUAUAUGUUAAUGACAUUUCCAUUUAUUUACUUGGCUUUAACUAUUCAUGACUAUGAUUUAUUUUGUAUGUUUUCCUUUGUUUAUAUUACAUAUAUGGAAGGUUACAUGUUUUAAUCCUAGUCCUGUGAGCUCAUACGCAGCCCUCUGAAAGGCUCUGCUGGUUUACCCGCUCACAUCCUAUGGAGCCGCUUUUUGUUUGGCUAAUCAGAACAAACACAUCACCAGGCUACAGGUUAUAGAAGUUGUAUGUUGUACUAAGUUUUCCUAAAAGGCAUGUCCAAGUCAGCAAUGUUAGAGGGCUCUGACUACUCUUAAAACUAGGGUUACUUCUCAUAACAUUCAUUCUUUAUCUCAUACAGGCUUCGACCUGUAACAGGCUCUAGAGGCUCAGGGAGCAAAACCACUAGCUUGCUCUCCACAAACACAACUCGAUGGCUGAGAUCUCUGGUAACAUAGAAAAGGAAGGUGCCAGAAAUGUUUCAGGCAUACUGUAGAAACAAACAGACAGGAAACUAUUCACUGUUCCACAAAAGAGGGCAGUUGAGGCAGCCACCUUCAUGCUGGUGCCUGGAGGAAUCCCAUCAGCUCAAACUGUAAGCACCUGAAAUGAUUUCACAUAGCCAAUAAGCACGUCUCUUGUCUCUAAAGGGGCCUUCCCCAAACCCAUCGCUGUAACAAAUUAACAGCUGCUGUGAGCAUCUCAAAGAGACUGUAGGUUUCAAGUAGCAUACUAAAGCAAGCAUAGGACACAAGAGUUUCCCCUCCCGGUCGCCAGCAUGAGGGGAGAGUGAAAAUAGCAUCAAGCUACAUCCUCCGAGCCAUUAAAAGAAAUGUCUGAUGUUCUAAGGCACAAAUCAAGUUGUGGGUGAAGUGUAGUGCUUCUUUGGUUCCUUCAAAUGAGCACACAACUAGAGUAGACUGAUAUCUACAUUGCCAAAAUUUGCACCAGCAUGACUGUCUUCACAGACAGCACUGUAGGCAAAAUGUCUCCUAGGUAGGCUCAUAUGACUUACAAGAGAGACUCUGGAGCACCACAGGAAGCUCCAACUGCAGAACAGACAGGAAAACAGUUGAACUCUGUCGCUUCACUCCCUGCAGCAACCACUUUAGCAGAAGGUGACUGAACCACAGCCUCCCACCAAAACUAGCAUGGCAAAAUUAAAUCACUGACGCGUAAACCUUAAUUGUGGAAUGCGAAAGGCCUCCAACCAACAGAAGUGAACUGAUCAACAUAAGGUCCUCCCCAAUGUUAUACUGUCCAGGGUAGUUAAUCAAUGCAGGGGCAGACCGCACAUGCAUUUCCAUUAACCUGUAUUUAUGUACAUUUUCUAUUAGUGUGUUAAAGAAAACCUGGAAACUCCAGAAAUCCAUAAAAAAACAGAAGGUAUUUACUGUGGGCUGAGGUGGAAAAACAAAAUGCGUCAAAGUGCAAUGGAAACAGACAUGGCAAAUAAAUCAUGUAAUUGAAGCGUGUGACUUAAACAUCCACUGCUGCAGCUUCUGCUAAGCUGAAGAGUUGAAAGAUAGCGGCAAAUAAGAACAUAAGAUCAAUGUGGAGCGAUGAGGAGACUGUAUUCAAAUUAAUAGAUGAAACAAACAAAUACCAUAUUUCCAUCAUGUUUUCCACAUGGUUUUCCAUAGUUUAAGAUUUAAUUGCCGCUUUUUAAUGCUCAUUGUGCCCUCUCCUUCAGCAAUAGUUUAAUGGCACAGGACUGCGCUCUGUUUAUCUCAAGGCACCCAUCUUCUAAUAUUGACACAACAUCAGUGGAUGGAAACAUGCAUUAUUUAGCUUUUUUGCCAUUUUUCUGGUAAUUCAGUAAAGAUUUUCUCUGCAUUUAGAUGAAAAUUUGACUAGAGUGGGGCUAAUAUAAAGAUAACAUGCCAAGAAAAGAAAAUGGAUGCUUGGUUAUAACGCAAUGAGCAUUUUUAAGAUCUGGGUCGGUGAAUCCAUUCUGAUUGGCCGAAACAGCGCAUGCAAAUAUCAGCGCAUCCUGCGGGGAUGACUGAGCAAGCCUGUUGAGCCCUUUUGAUGUCAAAGCCUGUACGAGAUCCACCUGUGGAGACUAAACACAGUUUACCCAACCUCUCAAAAUCUAAAAUAGCAUUUAUGCUGCUGUUUAUGCAGAAGUUACAUGGGUUACUCUGUAUUGCACUUUUCUCCUGAAUAUUUUGGAUUGCUCGUGUGUCCUCGGCCGGAUCAUGGUAUCUUCACACAAGCACACCACCAAGCUGUGUUUGGCAGAGGUAAAAACCUCGGUCAAAACCUACUUCAUUAGCAGAAGCACUAAAUGGUGCUGUUUCAGACAAAUGGGGGGUAGUUAGUCAGGAUGGACAUCCAGCAGUAACUAUUUAUAGUGCUGAAUAUUGAAUAAAAUACUAUUAAAGUAACAGGCUGUCAGGCCUGAUAUACAGCAGCAGUUUUCCUGAUCUGUUACCCAGGAGUACAGUCCUGAAUAGCAGAUAAUUGCUAUGAAGGAGGUUUCAUGUAAAAAUCAUGGUCUGCUACAUGGGGCCGUUGGACUGAUGAAGCUCAGACUGACAUUUCAAUUUAAGCUUCGUUUACAUUUCUCAGAGACUACAACUACACUCGAUACAGGAUGUUCUGACAUUUAGAAUUAAACACAAGUAAUGUGUCAGCACUUUUCUUUUGAUGUCAAGUGCAGCAUCAUACUUUAUUGUUCCUUAAAAUUGGAUUCACUUGGACAGUCAGAAAGUUGCAUUCAGAUGAUCUUUGUGCUUUGUUGAUUCUAUAAUUGGUAAAUGUAAUAAAUACACAACAGGAAGAGAAGAGAGUUGAUUGGCAGCACAAGUUAGUGGGUUAUAAAUCACUGCAGUCAGACACAACCAUAUAAAUUCAGUUUUCAAGUAUUAAAAAAUAUUGUGGUAUAUUUCUGAGUCAGGGUGGGAAGUGAGGCGGAACAAUCAGCACAGAGCGUGUUCGAUAAUAAGGCAGGAAGCUAGUCGUGUGGCUGCAGAUACUGGCAUUGUUUAAGCUUUGGCACUGCUGCCUCCUCACUGAGGCUUAACAACUAUGUUUCUCAAAGUGUAAAAACUCAGUAAGCAUCUGCAGCCAUACAAAGGUCCAAUGCACCCUUAAGCGCCUCUACAAGAUCUGUGAUUGCAAUAACAAGAGUUUUGGAUGAGUGAGGAUAUGGCAGCUCUUUACUGGUGCUCCAGCUACAGUAAAGGAAGUGAAUUAAGGAAAGACUGUUUCAGAAGUAGGUCAUUUUUCCAAAGAGCUUGUAUCAGUACAAACAACAGUCUUCUCUCAUUACGACGAGAGGAAUGUUUGCCAUUUUCCACUGCCUUGUGUAUUCCUCACUCUGUCCUGAAAAGCUACAUUACCCCAGUCAGGCAUACAGUAUCGCGGUCUGAGAUGCUUCACUGCUUAACUUAAUUUGUCUGUGAGCCAUAUUUAUUUAUUUUGUCUUGUUCAUUCUCUUUGGCAUUUUAAAAACUGGGUGAGGGGCGGGUACGAGUAAAACUGUGGUUGACUGAAGUUUUUUUUUUACAGAAUGUUUAGAACAAAACGUGUUAUGCAAGGUCUUCUCCAUUUUGAUGUUAAUCGUUUGCUGCACUUUUGCUAAGACAUUUGCUGUGAGUGUGGUACUGUUGUGAUUUGCAAAAUCAGAUAACUAAGGAGCACAUUAAGAUUUUCGGAGCUGUCAGUGCACGCUGUUCAAAGUGUUUUGGGGGAACUGAAGUUGACGGUUAUACAAGCAGACAUGCCUUACCAUUUUUAAAAAAAAAAACUAAAAUGGAUUGCUUAUUUGGCUUUUGUUACACAUUCUUGUAUACAGAAAAUAAUACAAAGGUAAUAAUAAACAUUUUAUUAAAAAAACGA